AAAGCUUCAAUAUGUACGUGCAACGUGAAUUGCGUUCACUUCUAACUUUUGAAGCUCUCUCUCUCUCUCUCUCUCUCUCUCUCUCUCUCUCUCGAGUGAGUUUGAUUUUCUCUCUUUAUCGUGUCUGAGCGGUGAAAAUGAUUGGCAAAACCAACAGCGAAAGAAAGAAAGCAGUGACCGGGCUCUCUUUGUAGGACCAAGUGUUUCAUUUCAACUUUGUUGCCUUUUCUCUUUUUAUUUUCUUCGUAAAGAAUGGAUCUUUGGUUGGUUUCCAACUUGGUUUAUAGAAUUCAAGAACUGCAGAGGCUAAAAGAUCUUCAGUUCGUCCUUUGCUUUAUAUACAUAUAAAAAAAGGGAAAGUUAUAUUGAGGGUCAGUGCAGCUUCUCCCCACUGCUCUGCUGUGAUUAAUGGCUCCACCUUAUCUUGAGUAUGUGUAUUAUGAUGAGGCCUCAUAACUCAGCAUGAGAUCUUGUUUCCAAGAAUUGUCCCGUGAGAAGAUUUAGUUUCGUUUCUUCUUUCUUUUUGUUCCUUUUUUUUGUCUUUUCUUUGUCGAUCGAUAUGCAUUAGUAUCCAAUCAGUUGCUACAUGCUUCUUCUUUUUCUUUCUAUCCAAUUCUUGAUGUAGAAAUUUAUACAAAAAGAAAAGCUUCUCGUGCCUGGGAUUUAGUAACUGAGCUCAGCUUUUGGAAGUUACCUAUGUUUUUUGUGCUCAUGGAUGAUAAAUCCCACCUGUGUCAUCACCUUUCUGGCACAUCAUACACAAUCUGAGCCAAUUAUACGCUUUUGUGGUAACUGUGAGAAACAAUAUUUGCAAAGAAUGAAGGGCAAAAGAAAGAAGUGAAAAGCAAUGGUUUUGGUGUUGAGAGUGAAGGAGAAAGAAGAACAGGUUUGACUGCAUUGGUUGGGAAUUUCGUAUUCAUUUUUUUUUUUUUUUUUUUUUUUUUUUUUUUUUGCUUGGUCGAGAAGAAAUUUUGGAAAUGUCAGCUGGAGUCCAAAACCAGGGGACAAUUAAAGAGCACUUUAAGGAACAGCUUGCUCUCGCUGUGAGGAAUAUCCAGUGGAGCUAUGCAAUCUUCUGGUCAAUUUCGGCUGCGCAACUAGGGGUACUGGAAUGGGGUGGUGGGUAUUAUAAUGGUGACAUAAAAACCAGGAGGAUGACACAAGCUAUAGAACUCAAUGGAGGAGACCAUAUGGACUUGCAUAGAAGUGAACAGCUACGAGAGCUAUAUGAAUCCCUCUCGGGCAGCGAACCCAAUCCACAAACUAGUAGAAGGCCUUCAGUUGCCUUGUCCCCAGAAGAUCUUGCCGAUGCAGAAUGGUAUUACUUGGUUUGUAUGUCCUUCAUCUUCAACAUUGGCCAAUGUUUGCCUGGACAAAGUUUAGCAACUGGUAAACUGAUUUGGCUAUGCAAUGCGCACUGUGCAGAUAGCAAAGUGUUCAGUCGGUCUCUGCUUGCUAAGAGCGCGUCAAUUCAGACUGUUGUGUGCUUCCCCUUUUUGGAUGGUGUCAUUGAGCUAGGCACAACAGACCCGGUUUUGGAAGAUCCUAAUCUCAUUCAACAUGUCAAAACUUACCUCUUAGAGUCUUCAGACUUGAGAAGAUCCGACCCUUGUGCUAGAGAUAAUACUGAAGAAACCAUAAUGAUUUCAGUAGAAGCAGAGGAAGGAAUAACUUCACUUAAUCCCAAUUCAAAUGGGCUUGAUCCCAACCCACAACUUGAUGACUCGUGUAUUAUUGGAGAAUUAAAUGGAGUUGCUUCUCAAAUACAAAGUUGGCAGAUUGAGAAUGAUGAGCUCAGUUACCACAUCCAUCAAUCCGGAAAUUCCAAAGACUCUACUUUGCAAUCCGUCCUAGAAACUGGAACAGCCAUUCCAAUUCCUAAUUUUGAGAAGUCCAAAGAUCAUUGGCCAGGAAACCUUCAAGAAUGCAAUAACGAAGAACUAAACAGGGUAGACCUUCGAGCUGACGGUUUGCACUACCAGACUGUUCUGUCAUCUAUCUUGAAAACCUCCAACGGAUUAAGAUCAGGACCACAUCGUGAAUGGGGUGAACCAGAGUCAGGUUUCAUAGGUUGGAAGAAAGGACAACACAAAUGGCAGAGGGCAAAAGGUAUUCCACAGAUGCUGCUGAAGAAGAUCUUGCUUGAAGUGCCUCAGCUGCAUGCGAGGAGCAUGCUCGACAUUUCCAAAGUAAGUUGCAAGAGAGAUGGGUUGUGGAUGGCUUUGACAGAUGAACUCAGUCCAGACCACACACUAUCUGAAAGUAGGCAAAGGGAAAAGAUAAACGAGCAGUUUUCUGUUCUUAACUCAAUCGUCCCAUUAGUAAACAAGGUUGACAAAAUAUCAAUACUAGACAACACAAUCGAAUACGUAAAGGAGCUUCAGAGAAGGGCGGAAGAAUUGGAGUCAAGUAGGACGUCAAAUGGAUUACUGGCAAUCUCUGAAGGAAAACCUCAAGAAAGUACAGAGAGGACGUCUGAUAACUGUGGCAAUCCCAGGACGGGUCUUAGCAAGCAGCCAAUAGUUAAAAAAAGGAAAGCUCACAACUGUGACACAACAGAAACAGAUAACGAUUAUCUUAGAGAUAUUCCAAUUGAUUAUUUAAGUGUUAGCGUGAAUGAUGAAGACGUGCUAAUUGAGAUGAGGUGUCUUUGGAGGGAAGGAGUACUGCUUGAGAUAAUUGAAGCUUUAAGCCAUUCUAGAUUGGAUUCUCACUCAGUUCAGUCAUUGAGCAGCAACGGUAUUCUUUCCGUGACCAUUAAAUGCAAGCUGCAGAGAUCAACAACAACAAAAACAACAGCUGCAACGAUCAAACAAGCGCUUCAAGGAGUCACUCAGAACUGCUGAAGAUCAUUUCUUCACUGAUAUAUCCCUAGGAUAGCUUGACCGGCUUAAAACAUAAAUCAUUUUGAGAAGUCGUUACUGAUGUUCUUCCUGAUAGGAUAUUCUAACAAAUCGAGAAUGGAUCUUUCCAAAAUAUCGAUUUCAUUCUCGGGGUCAGAUGAAAAUUUUUGCCUGUCAGAUCAGCGUCUAUUCCUCCUGAUGAGCUUUAUUCCUGUGUAUUUUGAGGAGACUUGGAGGGAGAAGUUCAAGCAUUAGUUAAUUGAUGGAAAGAAUACGGGUAACACUAGUCCUGUCAAAUAAGGAAACAAAAAUUCAAUCAUGAAAGUUUGUCACUCAUCCUGGGGGACUGUCCUGCUACACAUCUGUUUGGCAUCGUCAUUUAAGAGCUGAAAUAACAAAGAAAAUUACUUG